AUGCUCCGCCGUAGUGAUUUACUGCUGAAAAAGGGUUGGACUCAUAAUCCCGGUCGUACACGCCGUGGUGGGAAAAAUCUCGCGUGGCGCCCAAAAAUGUCGGAACGUACGCUCGAGCAGUUUGUUCCACUUCACCUCGCAUUCCCUCGAAGGCACCCAAACAGUUGGCAAGAGAGGCAGUUCCACCUCCUCGGUUACGUCAAAUGGCCAAAAGAAAUUGGUUUCUACAAUGCUGGUGAUAACUUUGAGCUUACACCACAAGCAGCAUAUCGUAUUUACAAACAAAACUGCGACGAGACCUUUUGGACGAGGUUGCAUAAUGAAAAGACAAUUAUUCAUUUACUUCCACUGGUCGAGCAGGAUCCUGGGACCAACAUGGUGCUCGUUGAUGAUAUUUUUCGUCACCACCUUAAGCGUUUUGGUGCCGAUCAUUAUAUUUACAACGCGGUGAUGCAAGCGGCUGCAUUUGCAAAAGAUUUCCCCCGCUGCGAGCAAUUAUUAGCAGAGAUGCGCGGCCUUGGCCUUGAGCCAAACGCACAAUCUUACGUCAACAUGAUGUUGGGUGCGCGCCUUACAGGAAAACCUCGGGAUCAGGCGGAGGCUUUUUUCCGUGAAGGUAUCAAAACAGGUGCCAUUAGUGCUGUAAUGCGUCUCGACACUGAAUUUCAAAUGUGGAUGGACCAAUUGGAGCGACUCGGUUCCUUCAAAGCGAAGGUCGGAUACCUGUCAGUUAAUGAGGAAGGCGCUUCUCCGAUGCCUCGUGACAUGUGGGCAUUAUGGGGUUGGCAUCGUACCGAGGCGAAAUUUAUUAGUCGUAAGCAGAUGAUUUCUGAGCAGGUACAAAACCGUGUGAGGAGUGGCAAAGAGUUGGUGGGAACAGUUUAUCAAAAAGCUCGUCGGCAGCCAUGGGCAAAAUAUAAUGGGAUGUUUCCGUAUGAUUACAACGGCCCUGCACAAAGACCCGCGGCUUCCUUCGUGGACGCUCCAACUCCAACACAUAACGCAGAGGUUUGUGGAACUGCAUAUUAG